UGUUUAUAAUUUGGUUGUGAAAUAUGAAUGUAUAGGUUGGAUAAGAUUACAUUAUAUACAUAUUUUCAUAUUUGAGGAGCAGAUGGAAAGGAAGGGUACUAAAUAACUGUAAGCAAAAUAUAUGAUAAAGCCAUCUAGUUGCGCCACUAAAUACAUACGCUGCGUAUGCUCUUGCAUUUCUCGCGCAUGCGCGCAAAAACCCAUCCAAUAUCUCAUCACUGACGAUUAUAAAGUACAUUGACGAGAAAUUAUUAAUUUAAUAUUAAUUUAAUAAUUUAGUAAUAUGGUAUAAUAAACCUUAAAUUAUUUGAUUUUUAAAUUAUCAAUAAGAAUGACAGAAUCUAAUCAAAAUAUAUGUUCGAUAUUACCUAAAAAUAUAACAAGACAAAUUCGAACAUGUGAGAAUAGUGAACAAUACAUUACAAAUUUUUUACAAAACACCUUACCACCUAGUGAUAGCAGUUCUAUAGCAGGUGAAUUAAGAAAGUCAUUUUUACUUGCUAAACACAAAAAUAAAUUAAACAAAAAAAAAAGAUGUAAGGGGAAACUAUUAAGCAGUAGAAAACGAAUGCAACUGGGUUUACGUAAAAUUGGUUGCAAAAAUGACAUGAAGUAUAUUGACUUGUUACCAUUAAAUCAAUUGUGGUUAAAAUAUAUGCAACAAAUACUUGGCACUAAAUUUUUUCUUAAUGUACCAAAAAACCCAAUUGACCCAAAUUGGGAAAUUGUUAAUCAACAAUUAAUCAAAGCAGAUUUUCAUGGUGCCAAAAUUUCUGUUUUUGCAUCAAAAUGCCCCAGCUUAGUUGGGUUGAAUGGUAUAGUUAUUCAAGAUACUAAAAAUACUUUUAGAAUUUGUGGAAAAGAUAACAUUAUACGAACAAUACCUAAGGAUGUAGUUAUAAUGAAUAUUUAUUUAAAUGAAGUAAAACUGGAAUUUUUUGGUAAGGAUCUUUCCAUAAGACCUAUAGAGAGAACUAUAAAAAAAUUCAAAUGUGGACGCUUGUACGAAUUAUAAUAUAUGUAGUUUAUAAAAUAAAUAGGCAA